GCCAGAGCUGCCCGAGUGCGAAUUCUCGCGGCGUUUGGCGCAGCGCUGGCUUUGCGGGAAGAGGAUCAAACGUGUGUUGGCCGCAAGCGACAAGAUCGUCUUUGACGAGGUCAAGCCGCCAACAUUUGCCCGCAAGUUGUGCAAUCGAAAAAUUGUGGCUUGCAGGCGCUGGGGCAAGCAGUUAUGGUUUGACAUGGACAAGGGGCCAUCUCCGAUGUUCCAUCUCGGCAUGACUGGUAGCUUUCGCAUAAAGGGCAAGAAAGCCCUCGUCUACGUAAAGCAGAAGGAGGAGGAUCCCAACAAUUGGCCACCAAAGUUCUGGAAGGUGGAGCUGCAAAUGGCAGAUGGCACCUGCUUUGCGAUGACCGACGCUCGUCGCUUCGGUCGGAUCCGGCUCUGCAAGGAGCCAUGGGAGUGUCCGCCUGUCUGUCACAUGGGUUUUGAUCCGCUGCUUGCCAUGCCGAAGCUGGCAAGCUUCACUGAGCAACUUGGGGGGAGAAGUGCCGACAUCAAGGCAGUGCUCCUGGAUCAGGGCUUUGCAGCUGGGGUCGGCAACUGGGUUGCUGAUGAGGUGUUGUUCCAGGCUGCGAUUCACCCGCAGGAACGCUGCUCCGACUUGGCACCGGCAGCUGCCUUGCCCUUGACUUGCAAUGGGGGUCGCCAAGUUGCACCGCAGCCUUCGUUUGGUGAUUUCGGUGGCCUGCAAAGCCGGAGCAGAAGCCGCGAGGUAUCCAAGGACAUGGCUUUUCCACUAUCGCUGGGCGAAGGGAUCGAGCCAAGCUGUCGAUGGCAAAGGUCGGGAGAUCAAGUUUGUCACCUCCGGCGGACGGACAUCCGCCUAUGUCCCAGCACUGCAACGCCGCGCCUCAGCGAAACAGCGGGAAAGGUCCCAAGCAUCGUCUGUUCGGCGCAGGCCUGCAGCCAAGAGAGGAGCUCGCCACUGGGCCUGGCAGGUCGUCCUCUGGCAGGCUCAGCCCUGCGAUGUGCGCUGUGGGCGCCUUUGCCCAGGUGUCGCUCUUGUCGAGCAGCGUCGACAGGGCCUCCUGUGAAGGAGGGCGAGGUUCUGGAAAUGCGAAUGGAGACGCUGACCAGCUCGGGGCAGGCGCAGAGUUCCGUGGCAUGGCUUUUCUCGUUCUUGAGUGCUCUCGAAAUUUCGGGCCGGAGGCUUGGCUUGGCGAUGGGGGAAGACGGGGUUUCCUUUGGUGUCCUGUUGCGGAAAUGCAAGAGAUGCCAGGCUCUCGGGCGGAUUGGUCCGACGCGAUGGGUGGUCACUUUGUCGAUGAAAUUCAGCAGACCACUACCAAACUCGCCUUUGCCGCUUUACAGCUCCGAGCCAGAUUGCCUCCGAGGUCAUGAUAUUUGGUGCGCUCCCACGCGAGCUUGUUCAGCAUUCCUGGCAAGUUUCGAGGAUUGA